UGAGAAUCAAUUAAACCGGAUGUAUAUAAAUCAAGUGUAUUUAAGGGGGAAACCGGUUUAAACAUAAUUUGAAAACCAAGAUUCAAUAACCGGAUAUAGAUCCACCAUCGUCGUUGACGGACACCAAAACUGAAAAACAAAUUGGGAGAGGAGAGGAGAUAGAUCCACAUUUGAUUCUCACAGGGAAAACCCUAGAUCCACCCCCAAAUUCGAAAACUUUGAUUCCAUGGAGAGAGACAAGGCAAGGAUGUUGUCUUCAUCGUUUCCCUCUUCGUCGUCGUCUUCAUCUUCAUCUUCUUCUGCUGCGUCGUCCCUCGCAGCGAAGGCAAUUAGAGCAUCUUCAGCGCACAGAGACUCCUCUCUUUCUUCCGCCUACUCUUCUCCUCCUGUCCCCACUCCUCCCAAGGAGGUGGUGAGGAAGCCGUAUGAAUACACGUCUAUGAAGAGUUUAAACGAACCUAAACGAAGCUUUUGGGGUAGUCUCGCUAGUAAAGCCAAGGCUCUUUUAGAUGAUGAGGAUCCUCCUCCUCAAAGUCCCACCACCACAAUUGACCACCACAACACGCCUUCUUCCACCACUGCUUCAUCAGGAACUAAGGAAGCUGGUAGGAAAACAGAGAAUCCUUCCUUACAGAGAAGCUUAGAUGCCAUCACUUCUUCCUUUAACUACAUUGGUACUGCUGUUGAGGAGGGUAUUACUGCUGUGGAGACGCGUACUGCAGGGAUCAUUCAAGAAACACGUAAGAAGAUUAAGAAAAAGCCUAACCCCCCUGAGAUACAAGCGGAUUUGGAGAUUCAACUCAAGGCUUCUCGCGACGUUGCAAUGGCCAUGGCCGCCAAGGCAAAGCUUCUUCUCCGGGAGCUGAAGAUGGUAAAGUCUGAUCUGGCCUUUGCAAAGCAGCGAUGCGCUCAGCUGGAAGAAGAAAACAAGGUUCUGAGGGAGGAUCAUAACGGCGAAAACAGCCAAACUGAUAACGAUGAUCUUGUGCGACUUCAACUUGAGACGUUAUUGGCUGAGAAGGCUCGGUUAGCGCACGAGAACUCGAUUUACACACGCGAAAAUCUCUACCUGAGAGGAGUGGUCGAAUACCACCAGUUAACGAUGCAGGAUGUGGUCUACUUUGAUGAGAAGACUGAAGAAGUAACCGAGGUAUAUCCUAUUAAUGUCACUUCAGUGUCUUCUUCAUCAAAUAUUUCCAACACUCAUCCAAACCCACAAGCCUUGGAGUUCAAGUGAGACACAACAACAACACUCAGUUUAUUCUGUUCUUGUAGUGAUUCAGACAACAAGACAAACGUUGUCUGUAAUCACUCUGUAUCUGUAGUAAUAUAUGUACUCUGUAUUCUCUUCUCUGUGGGGUGAUCUUGGGCAUUUUAGCUACGAAUGUUAUUUAUAACCCUUUAUUAUUAUAUUAAAUAAUAAAAAAAUAUCCUAUUAUUCCC